GCUAUGUUUGGAAUCAGAACAGAGAACAAUAUCAACAAUUAUGAAUGUUGUCGAAGAGGGAUCAAUUUUGUGACAGAUCAUGAUUGCAAACAUUACACAAGUGCCACAAAUUAUGUCACUUUCACAGUGGCUAACUGUAACUGAUUGUUAUGGGCGGACAGGGUUAGUUGAUGGCUUGAUGAGCAGGCCUCCUUCCAAGGUGCUUGAUCUGGAUCCCUAGUUGAGGUAGAGCAUUGCGGAGCAUGCAAGCUUCACCUCAAAAUGCUGCCUUGAAGGAGCCUCUGAUUCCCCUUACAUCACUGUCAGUGAAGGGUGGCUCUAAGGCUGGCUUCAGUAGAGCAGCUGAAGUGUUCACACGUCAGACACAUGUUGUCAACCGUCGUGUGGCUGCCGCCAUCAUCUGGCCGCUGCUGUCUGCCAGUGCCACCAUCCCAGAGUCUGCUGAUGCCUCAACUGAAGACUUCUCACAUCAUGACAUUAUCACUGAGGGCUCUCCCCCUGCUGAGAACAGAGACGACUCUCCGCACCAUGACAUGACCAAUGACAGUUCUCCACACCAUGACUCGGAUCGGCUGCCGGCUGAGGCGGAGCAGCUGCUGUGUCUCCGACUGGGUGUGGAUUGUCCAUCGGCCGCGGCUGGCAGUGCAGCGGUGGCGUGUGCCGGCGGAGACUCGGGUGGUGCCGGCCGCCGGCUGGCGGUCAGAAAGGUGGUGCCCAGACAGACGGGCGCCGCCGCCGAGUGGGACCUGGUCGUCACAGACGACACCAGCGUCGCGUUCGUGCCGCUGCAGGCCGGCAGCCGGCUGACUCCCCCGUUCACCUACCGGCUGGAGCUGCAGGCCGACACUCUCCGCCUGCUGGCGCCGGCCGCCGCGGCCGACACGCCGUCGGCUCGCUGGCUCGCCGAGCACGCGCUGCCCAAGGUAGCGCGCUGGACCGUGGACAUGGCGGCCCCCGCAGCGGCGCCGGCCGAACCCUCUUUGCGGCUGAUCGACACGGAACGCUACGACCGGCUCUACAAGCAGCUCAAAGUCAAAUACGCCGCAGAAUUCGUUAAGAUCUGGCCAGAGCACACGGACCCUGCCAAGUUUGUACACGAGGACGUGGCGAUCGCGUCCUACCUUCUGCUGCUCUGGGAGGCGGACCGGCGCCGGCUCGGCCGCGCGAGCAAACAGAGCUUCGUCGACAUCGGCUGCGGAAACGGUCUACUGGUGCACAUCCUCUGCUCGGAGGGCCACCCGGGAUACGGUAUCGACAUCCGGAGCCGCGGCAUCUGGAAGCUGUACCCGGACUCCACCAAACUCCAGGUGGGGACGGUGUCGCCGUCGGCCGACACCACUUACCCCGGCUCCGACUGGCUGAUCGGUAACCACUCUGACGAACUGACUCCAUGGAUCCCGGUCAUGGCAGCCGCCACGGGGCCCGAGACCUGCUUCUUCCUGCUGCCCUGCUGCCCGUGGGACUUCUACAGCAAAUACCAGCGCGCAGACACCAGGCUGUCUCAGUAUGAGGAGUAUCUCCAGUACGUGGGCCGUCUAUCAGAGCGGUGUGGGUUCGUCCCCGAGAAAGACCGUCUUCGUAUCCCGUCCACACGGCGACGCUGCGUGGUGGGUCGCCGCCGGACGGCAUCCGUCACAGCCGAUCAGCUGCGCGAGCUCACGGCGGCUGGGUCAGUCCCAUUCCAGCCGCGUGCCGCGGUACCCGCUGUGCGAAACUGCACCCAGCUGCCGGGCGACACGGCCGCCGCCGCUGUACGACAGGUGGCGCUGCGGCUGGCGGGGGAAGACACAGAUGGCGCUGCUGUCACGGUUCUGUCCCUGCCGGAGGUGGCGGCGCUGCUAGGUAGCGACACCCUGCGGCUUUUACGGCAACAGUGCGGCGGCCUGAAGACACUACUGAAAAACCACGCGUCCGUAUUCAACGUACGAGGUGACAGAGUAACCCUGCAGGGGGCCGACUGGCUACGGGCCGACCCUUCCCGGCCCGAGCUGGCUGCCGCGUUGAAGACCAGCCUUUGCUGGCAGCACACCAACCUGCCCGCAGGGUGCCCGCUGCCGGCAGACCAGUGCCGGUACGCGCACGGACAGUCGGAGCUCCGCUUUCGGCCGCCCCGCAGCCGAGCCCUGGCAGUGGGCUGACGGGCUGUCUUGAUGCAUAGGGGUGUUUUGAUAUGAGGGAUACUGACUGUUAUUCAGCGACCCGCUGCAAUAUAAAGACGUUUUUUCC